AUGGACAACCCACUCGCCGGCCCAUCCCCACUGCGCGACAUUGUGAAUCCUCAGUUUCAUCAAAACAACUUUCCAGAAGAACUCUUUAUCAAGACCGAGCUCGGAAUCAAGCUCGACAAAGACGACCAAAUAUGCCGUCUUCAUCUGACUCCCGCUGGCUGUCCACUGGGCCCGUUGCACUGUCCUUUGCGACACACCACUCCCUCUGCGCAAAACUUUCAGCCACCCAAACAACUGCCUACACAUCCUCGAGAACGAGAGCGUCUGGCCACGGUGUGCAAACAUUGGCUGAGGGGUCUCUGUAAAAAAGGCGAUGCUUGUGAGUUUCUCCAUGAGUACAACCUAAGGCGUAUGCCCGAGUGUUGGUGGUACGCCAAAUAUGGCUACUGCUCUGCCGGUGAUGAAUGUUUGUAUGCCCACCCCAAAGAGCGGAAGGUGGAGUGUCCUGACUACAAGCGGGGAUUCUGCAAACUUGGCCCAGGCUGCCCGCGAAAGCAUGUUCGACGCGUCGCUUGUCAACUAUACUUGACAGGGCUUUGCCCUAUGGGUCCUGACUGUUCACGUGGCCACCCCAAACCUGAUCUGCCUCCUCCAAAGUCAUACGACCCUCCUUCUCCUCCGUCUCAUAGAGACCUUGGUCCACCUCCACCUGGAUACGGACGGUAUGCUGACUUUGACCGCGGGUUUGGGGGAGGGCCAGGUCCGGCACAUGGUGGUGCUGGUGCUGGGCUACCAGGACCACGGCGGAACUUAGACGAAGUGCUAUGUUUCAAGUGUGGUGAAAAGGGACAUUACGCCAACCACUGUAGGAAUAGGAACGUUCCUGGUAAUCGCGGCGGUAUCGAGAGGCACACCGAUGAGGGGCCCGAGUAA